AAGAUAAAAAUCGCGACAUCGGCUGUGAUGUGCCGCGCGACGUCACCGAGGAGGUAACGAACGGCGACAUGGCGGCCUCCGGUUCCGGGAUGGGCGAGUCCGAUUUCGCUGGCCCCCUCUCGGCUCCUCCUCCCACGACGACGGCGGCAGACGGAGAGCCGUCCGUCGAGAAGAAGGGCGAGCCCUCCCCCUCUUACCCCCCCGCCCGAUUGCCCUCCCGAAACGCAUCCUCCAAGUACGACUUCGUCAAGGUGAAAGUAUGGCUGGGGGACAAUGCGGAUCAUUACUACGUUCUGUCCAGAUUUCUUCUUAGCAGGAUGUUAACAGUAACGAAGAUUCCUAAUCAUGUGGCUAUCAAGAUUGCUCUUGAACUCAAAAAGCUGCUUGUAGACAAUAGCCUUCUUGAUGUUUCGCAAUCUGAUCUGGAAACUAAUCUUUUUAAGCUUAUGCUGCGAAGGGGUUAUGGAGAAGAGUACAUAAACCGUUAUAAGAUGAUGACCAGGUUUCAUCACCAAAGAGUACCACUAGUUAUUCUUGUAUGUGGAACUGCAUGUACUGGGAAAUCGACAAUUGCAACACAACUUGCUCAAAGACUAAAUUUACCAAAUGUCUUGCAGACAGAUAUGGUGUAUGAAUUAUUGCGCACAUCAACAGAUGCUCCAUUGACAUCUACACCAGUCUGGGUUCGAGAUUUUGAUUCAUCUGAAGAGCUUAUAACAGAGUUCUGCAGAGAAUGCAGAAUUGUUCGUAAAGGCUUGGCUGGUGAUCUGAAGAAGGCGAUGAAAGAUGGGAAGCCUAUCAUAAUUGAGGGUAUACACUUGGAUCCAAGUAUUUAUCUAAUGGAGGAGGAGAAUAAAGAUUCCCAUACAAAAGACAGAGAAUCAGGAACUUUGGUGGAGGAUUCUGCGAAACCAGUGGAAAAUAUACUAGAUAAUGCUACUGAACAGAGCCAGUCUGCAUCUGCAAGUGAUGCUGAGAAUACUAUGACCUACUCAGUAACUGAAGGAACUGUGGAUGAGAGGGAUGCUUCUCAAACUGAGGUUACCAAUUGCUCAAGAGCUACUAGUGUUGCAGAAAUUGCUUCUGGACCUCAAGGCGAAGUUCAUAAAGAUUCAGAGUUACAAAGUAGUAACUCUUACAAAAAAGAAAAAUCAGCUACUGAACCAAUAAUCGUACCAAUAGUUCUGAAGAUGUCUGAGUUUGAUCACAAGGCUCUGCUAGAGGAAUGGAUUACCACUAGAACAGUUAAAGAUAAAUGCCUAGUUCAGAAAACUCACCUGAUGGUUUGUGAAUGAGAUCAGGAGUUCCACCUGAGCAAUGAGGUAGAUCUGGGUAAAGUAAUAGCCUGUACAGAGCAUACUGGUUAUCAAACUUUACCAGCCUUAACAGGACUCAUACUGGCUUAUUACAUUAGGUAUAUCACACUGUUUGGUUUGGUGUAUACCACUAGUACUAGGUGGUCUAUACUUUUAUAUUCCAUUAAUAUGGUACAUAAUGCUUGUACCAAACAGUACAGACCAGUGUGGUGGUCCAUGCUUUUACUUGUGUUGAACGUAGCUGAGGACUGGCCAUCCUUAUUCUUGAAACUAUGAAAACAAGGAGAUCUUCCUAAAAGUGGUUGCUGUUGCUCUUAUACAAUCAGUACCUUUUUUUUAUAGAGGCAUGCUUAUAAUCAAUAUUUUACUUUUAGGAUGAUUUCCUCAUGACCUACUUAUGUAAACACAACAAAAUCAAAAGCAAACUACAGUAAUAUUUGGUUCUGCUUGUGGGCUUGGUAUCACUUUACAUGGACUCCACACAAGUAUUUUCCACUUGAUCUGUACCAUGCAAUAUUUAGUGGUCCAAGGCUGGACUAGCAUUUACACUGGUCGUACCACUCAUUGUCUUAAAAUGCAUAAUACAGAGCUUUCUUUGGGAAUUUGUUGGAUGCACUUUCUGAGUCUUACAAUCUUAAAUCAAUUUGAGGAUUCAGAGGGAUUAGGGCUAAAAUGAAUAUGGGUAUGGGUUGUGGUGGCAACUUUAAUCCCCCCCACAAGGCAAACAGAUAAGAGGAAGAAGAUGAGGAGACUCACUUCAUGUAAGAAGACAAGGAGAUUCACUUCGUGUCUUCAAUAAAUAUGAUUUCAAUUCACACAUACACACAUAUCCUCAAUUUUUUUCUUUGUUUUCUCUGUUUUCCUUCCCUUUACUUCCUGGUAGCUGCCUGUGUCAGCAGGUCAGGAUUGCAGUCCUCAGUAGGUAUUAUUUGAAUCUAUACAAACACACAGAUGCAUACAAAAUAAAUUGUCAAUAUUUUCUGUCUUUGUUUUAAUUGGUGGCUGGCUACUGUAGCUGUCAUUGGUGUACCAUACCUGUCUUGCUGAUUUAGUGUGGAAUGGACCAGUUAUUAAUUCUUGUUUUCUAGUAUAAUUUUCACAUUUAGUGUGGAAUGGACCAGCAUACAAUAUAGAUGUGUUAUUGACUUUUAAGAUAAUAAAUAGGUAACUGUGGUCAAAUUAAGAAUUUAUCUAGUUUAGGAUGAUUGACAAGCUCAUUUAAGAAAGUCAUUCAAUGAUAAGUGGUAACAAAUGGGUGAAGGGGUUACGUGAUUAUCUGAUAUCAUUCAUGGCAUAAUAACAAGAAUAUGAUGGUAAAAAAUUAGUUUAAAGGAAGAAGGGAAAUAUAUAUCCAAAUGUAUGCAACCAAAAUUUUGAUAUGAAAAUUACAUCAUUUGAAUAUGCUUUCGCAACACUGUAGCAUGAAAAUGAUUGCAUCCACUUAAACAGCUGAACAUGUAAACCAGAUAUUAGAACAAUGUAUUUUUUCUGAUCUUUUUUUUAUCUUGUCAUGUCAGAGGCUAUGACAAAGAGCAACCU